GAAAUCAAAUCCGCCUUGUCCUCCUCGUCGUCGUAUCCUCUCGCUCCCCAACAAUCAACCCUAAUCCGUGGCCGCGGACCCACCGCAAGCUCCCUUUCCGCGGGUAGAUUGGGGGCACGAGCGAGGCUGCGCGGGGAAUUGGGCCGGGCGUGCUCGAGAUCUCAGCCUCUGCGCUUGUAGAAAUAUUGCUAUUGCUAUCGCGGAGGUGAUGAGAUCUUGGGUGGCGUGCCUCGCUCGUCGGUCCUAAGAUGCUGGCCGGCUACGGCGGUGGCGGCGGCGGCGUCCAUCUCUCCUCCCGCAAGGACCUCCUCCUCGGCCGCGGAGGCCGGAGCUUCCUCUUCGGAAACACCUGGUUCCUCCUCUCCUCCUACCCGGCGCGCCUUCUGCACACCACGGACCGCCGCGCGCCCGCUGCCUUCUUCGCCGCGAUUCACCGGGCACCCUGCGUGCGCUCGCACUGUGCAGGGCAGGGUUUGCUGCAGAGGGGCGGCAUUGUCAUGGCUGCCUGUGGCUAUGCUUUCCGGCGAGCGGAGCUGGGUGCCACCAAGCGGCAACCAGAUAAGGAUCCAUCGGCAGGGGCGCAUGCCCCACGAAUUGCGGCCAUGGGAUCAGUUGGGACUGCAGCGCGACCUGAUGUCUCUUUUAGGUAUAGAGGAGUGGAUUUUUGUAAGAAGGUUGGUGCAAGCUUGAAGUGGCAUGGGCCGUGGGGGAACAGGGCAUUCUGGACCAAUGCGGUUGGGCCAGGUUGGAAGCUGAGCUUCUCAGUCGAGCCGUGGUUUCGUGACUUCAGCUCGUCAUGUGUGGCGCCAUAUUCUGCUGGAGCCACAGAGCAUCAGCUGUCACUUGAUGAGAAGAUGGAUAACUCCACCGUUGCAUCUGAUGGAAAGUCCCCUACUUCCAAAAAACUGAAGUUGCUAUCAGGUUCUUGUUACCUGCCUCACCCUGAUAAGGAGGCAACGGGUGGUGAGGAUGCUCAUUUUAUUUGUGUUGAUGAGCAUGCAAUUGGCGUAGCAGACGGUGUUGGUGGUUGGGCAGAUCUCGGUGUCAAUGCUGGACUAUAUGCCAAGGAGCUCAUGAGUAAUUCAAUGAGUGCUAUCAAGGAUGAGUCGGAAAGGGCCAUUGAUCCAUCAAGAGUUUUGGAAAAGGCUUACACGAGCACCAAAGCAAGGGGAUCAUCGACUGCAUGUAUCAUCACUCUUAAAGAGCAGGGUAUCCACGCUGUAAAUCUUGGAGAUAGUGGCUUCGUAGUAGUCAGAGAUGGCCGCACUGUUCUCAGAUCACCUACACAGCAGCAUGAUUUCAAUUUUACUUAUCAGCUUGAGAGUGGGGGUGGCAGUGAUCUUCCUAGUUCUGCUCAGGUAUUUCACUUUGCAGUUGCUCCUGGUGAUGUUAUUGUUGCUGGCACAGAUGGGCUUUUUGACAAUUUGUACAACAAUGAGAUUAGCGGCGUUGUUGUUGAGGCUCUCAGGGUUGGACUUACUCCUCAAGCCGCAGCACAGAAAAUUGCUGCCCUCGCUCGGCAAAGAGCAACGGACAAGAAUAGGCAAUCACCAUUUGCUGCAGCUGCUCAAGAAGCUGGGUACCGGUUCUACGGCGGGAAGCUUGAUGAUAUCACGGUCGUGGUGUCAUAUGUGAAGAGUAAUUCAGCCGCAUGAAACCUUUCCUUUUGAUGUAAUGUACAUAACCUUGCCCCGAACUUAUGGGGUUGUAUGCACCGGGGCGUAGGUGUCUGGAGUGACAGAGGUACCUUAUUCGGAGGUGUGAAAUCCCCUGGAUUUAGCAAGGCUGCUCUUAAGCCCUGAAAGAUGGUAACAAACCAUUACCAUUUCUCAUUUACCAUCUCUCAAACCAUUACCCCUGAUUCCAGAAGCAUUUAUUUUCUUUCCUCUUGGAAGGAGGAUAACAACUUGCACCUGCUGGAAACAAAUUUUGUUGUAAACAGUAUCGAAUGAUAAUUAUUGACGUAUUUGACU